CGGCGCGCUCGGCGCGCGGCUGCCCCCGGCGGCGGGACGGACCGACGGACCGGGCAGGGACCGACGGACAGGAACCGCGGGACCGUCCGUGUGUCCCCCUCCCCUUCAACGCCGGCGACAUGUCCACCGCCAUGAACUUCAGCACCAAGAGCUUCACGCCGCGGCCGCCGGACAAGGGCGCCUUCCCGCUGGAUCACUUCGGGGAGUGCAGCGCCUUCAAGGAGCGGUUCAUGGAGUGUCUCCGGCACAGCGGCUACGAGAGCGCGGCCUGCCGGCAGCGCGCCAUGGCCUACCUGGAGUGCCGCAUGGACAGGCAGCUUAUGGCUAACGAACCACUGGAAAAACUGGGAUUUAAAGACCUGAUAAAUGAGAAAGCAGAAGAAAAACCUGAAAAGUCGUGAUGAAGACACACAACUUUGCUCCUCAUGUAGGGAAAGCAUAACUCUAAAUGUAGUACAUAUUGUACCUUCUAUUCAUAUUGCAAUAGGAAAUGUUUCCUAAAGGAACAUUUUUUUCCAGAGUUUAAUUUUCCUAAAAUAAGAUUUUUUUCUUUAAUGAGCAGAAGUACUGCCUUUGUCUGCUCUGCUCAAGUAUUUCUUAACUUCUUUCUUUUAAUUUCUCUAGAGGGAAAACAGUUACUGCCUGAAGUGUUCCCCAUGUCUCUGUAAGAACAGUGAAGCCUUAUUUUAAAAGGACAAAAACCCCAAACCAAACAACUCUUUAUUGUGUAGAACUUGAACUACUGAUUAAUCUUGUGUGGGCAGUACUAAUAUGCUCACAGCAGUUACUUGUUAAGUGGAAAUAAAGCUGUUGUGGUACUUGCAAAUUGCUUUUCAUUAAA